UUUCGCAAUACAAGUCUCAUGAAGCAAAAUUUUACUGAAAUUACGAUGUACUCAUCUGCUACUGUGUUUUGCGUUAAUGCUUAGUUAGUUAUAAAUGUAUAGAUACAAAACUUGUGAAAAAUCUGCGUUUGUACACAUUUCCGCUUGACUAAAGUUUUACUUUGAUACGUCCAGUCAUUUUUUUCCGGGUGAGGAGGACAGGAAAGAGACUGCCUGACCUGCUACAUACUGAUUGACAUGGCAGCGAAUGGAGCGAGCUGUGAACCGUCUCAGAAACGUGCAGCAGCUAAAGACAAACAGAAUGGCAAGUCCACAGGGUGUUUGUGUUCCAGACUCGUCACUAAGAGAGAGGAGGCAGAAAGAUAAAGAGGAGCGUUUGUCUCUGCUCUUAUGGAGGAGGCCGGUCACCACACUACAUUACUUCCUCUUGGAGACCCUCAUCAAGCUAAAGGAGUGGACGUUAAAGCUUUGGCAGCGAAGAGGCAUAGUGUGUUUUUUUUUGGUGUUAUGCUCCCUUUUCUCCAUUUUGUACUCCAUGGAGGGAGCACAUCAAGAAUAUGUUCAGCACCUGGAGAAUAAGCUCCUAUGGUGUGCCUACUGGGUAGGUCUUGGGAUCCUGUCCUCAGUAGGCCUUGGGACUGGCUUACACACCUUCCUGCUCUAUCUGGGUCCUCACAUAGCAUCAGUAACCUUGGCUGCUUAUGAGUGUGGCUCCAUAGACUUCCCUGAGCCUCCGUACCCAGACCAGAUUGUUUGUCCCCAAGAUGAAGCAAUGGAUAGCGGCAUCUCUCUGUUCUCAAUCAUGUCAAAGGUCCGACUGGAGGCCUGCAUGUGGGGUGCAGGCACUGCCAUCGGAGAGCUGCCUCCAUAUUUCAUGGCCAGAGCAGCUCGUCAGUCAGGAGCCGAUCCAGAUGACGAAGACUACGAGGAGUUUGAGGAGAUGCUUGAGCAGGCUGAAGGUGCACAGGAUUUUGUCACAAGAGCAAAGCUUGGUGUCCAGCAUAUGGUACAGAAAGUGGGAUUCUUUGGGAUUCUGGCAUGUGCUUCAAUCCCCAAUCCUCUCUUUGACCUGGCUGGAAUAACCUGCGGCCAUUUCCUGGUUCCCUUCUGGACCUUUUUUGGAGCAACUCUGAUCGGGAAAGCCAUUAUCAAGAUGCACAUACAGAAACUCUUUGUUAUCAUCACCUUCAGCAAGCACAUAGUGGAGCAAAUGGUGUCACUGAUUGGCUCUGUGCCUAAAGUGGGACCAGCGCUCCAGAAGCCCUUCAGCCAGUACCUGGAAGCCCAGCGGAACAAGCUGCACCAUGCUGGAGGAAGUGUACCAGCGGAUGAGAACUGGUUGGCGUGGGUGUUUGAGAAGGUGGUGCUGGUCAUGGUCUGCUACUUUGUCAUCUCCAUUGUCAACUCCAUGGCUCAGAGCUAUGGCAAGCGGCUGCAGCAGCAGAGGCACACCGAGGAGAAAACCAAGUGAUGACGAGACAAAAGUACUACAAAACAUCCAAGUGACUGUGUUUCUCCUGCUGCUGCCAAGAGCCUUCCUCUCACUCGGCCACAGCCACUCGCAAUUGAACAACAAACCUCACCCUCUCAUCCAUUCUGAAAGAGGCUGAAUGCUAAAAGAAAAAAAAAAAAAGAAAGGCCAGACUCUUUGUUUGGUUUUGAGGAUGUGUGCUACUGUUUACCGUUUGUCCCUCUUCAGGUUUUGUAGUUCUUAACUUCAUCUCACUCUCUGUGUAGUGCGAUCGGAUUUACUGUUGAUCUUAAUAUAUGUUACGUUAAAUUAACCCUUUCAUUGACCUCAGAAGUAAAGCAGAGGUUUGGUGGUGGCUGCUGUGUGCGGGCAGUGCCCAUCCAUCAGAUGCUAUGCCUUAUGCAAGACGGGAAGGUUUGACUUCCUCUGAAUAUUGUUCUUGACUUAUAGACUUGAUUGUUAUUUAAUUUUGUAACAUUUAUGUAUGGAUGCAUCAUGAUGUGUUUGUACAGUGUGCUGCCUAGAUAACUGCAAUGGAUGGUCUCUGUUUUCAGGGUUUAAUUUUCCUCGUGUUUGUCGUUCAGUUUUACAGCUAAGACCAACUUAUCGUCUUUUCUUUCUGGAAGUGUUGUUUCGAAAUGGGGGGAAAAAAAGCAAUAUCGAUUUAGAACAGAUGGGUUCUGAUUAUGGUUUGCACACUGUGUACAUAUAUUACUAUCUUUUUGACAGUAUGUGCAGAUGUAUUUCUAUUCCAGUGCUGAGUGGGGACAUGAGUUAACUUAAACCAAAACACAAAAGGUGAUAUCAUUUGUAAAGUGACAUUGUACUCUGAGCAAACUAGUCUCAUUUCUAUUCUGUACAUUUAGGUCGAACCUUGGAUCAGAUCAUAUAUAUAUAAAACCUGUAAAUCAUG